AUGUCACAAAGCUACGCCACUCAAGAUGCCACGAAGAUAUGCACCAAAGACACUGUCAAGGCUACAGGUCUCAAUAUUUGGGCCAGCGGUGAGCACAGUGGUAACGGACCCGAAGUAGAUGUUAUUGCAGUUCAAGGUCUUGCUGGUGAUAAAUACUACACAUGGGUUCGGAAACCUGAUGCGAGGCCUACGAGACGUUGUUGCUUCAGUUUUCAAGGCCACCGGAGGAAUGCUCAGGCUGACGCACUUCCCAAUGGUGUUCGAGCGACAUCCGACAGGACCGACACAGCGGAAGUUAUGUGGCUUCGCGACUUCUUGCCGGGUCUAAUUCCAACUGCGCGGAUUGCGACAUACAGCUACGAAUCAGACUGGCUCAAAGGGAACGUCAAAACAAAUCUACGCAAAUGUGGAGAGCAGUUGCUCAACGUGCUUCGUCAGAAUCGCUCAACCGAGAAGGAGGGUCGACGGCCACUGGUAUUCAUUGGACAUAGCCUCGGAGGUCUGAUCAUUAAACAGGCGCUAGUGCUGGCCGACCAUGGUGAUACUUUCAGAGACAUUCGGUUGUCCACGGCUGGGAUCAUCUUUCUUGGAACACCACAUGCAGGAAGCGAGGCCGCAGUGUAUGGUGUCCGGCUGGCUCAGGCAGUGGGACACGAUAAGACGUUACUCAAGUCUCUGACAAGGAAUAGCACUGCUCUUCACGGUAUUGCGCGGGACUUUGAGGCGAGCUAUAGUGAUAAUGAUAUCGUUUGCUUUUACGAAAACAAAGACAAGGCGUACGGACCCUGGAAGACCCAGUUUGUUGAUCAUCAGUCAGCCUCCUUGCUCGGGAAAAGAGAAAUUUAUCUCUCUACGGAUCACAGUGGGUUGAACAAAUUCUAUAGCUCCGAAGAUGAAAAUUUCCUCUUGGUGAGGCCAGAGAUCCAGAGAAUGGUUCAGAAGGCACCUCAAAGGAGCGAGGAACGAUAUCGAUCACACACCGUGGGUACCGAAAAAGCACAGGGACUCCGAGAUCGCCAAGAGGACCAAGAGACGCUAUUACGCCAGACUUUUGCGUCAGAUUACAAGAGUGAUAAAGACCUGGUCUCAGAGAGGGUCCCCGGUACCUGCGAGUGGUUCUUCGAGGAUGAUAGAUUCUUGGAGUGGCGUGAUAGUAACACUUCAAGACUUCUCUGGGUCUCCGCGGGUCCCGGAUGCGGAAAGUCAGUGUUAGCGCGGGCCCUAAUUGAUGAUAGAAGGGUCUGCACAAAUACCAUGGCCUCAACCGUCUGCUAUUUCUUCUUCAAGGAUGGUCAAGAGCAGCGCACACGUGGUGCUAACGCACUCUGUGCUCUACUCCACCAGCUCUUUGAGGACACCACUCUUAUCACUCAUGCGCUCCCCAGUUAUAAAACGUAUGGGAAAAAGCUACGAGACGCAUUCAGCGAUCUGUGGGAGAUACUGGUCAAGUCCGCCCAGGAUCCAAAGGCAGGCGAGAUCAUUUGUGUAUUGGAUGCUUUAGACGAAUGCGAGAAGAACGCAAGGAAGCAGCUUGUAGAGAAGCUUGCCCACUUCUUUUCCCAAGCAGUGUCUUUUCAGAAUACGUCAAUAAAACUCAAGUUCCUCGUUACUAGCCGUCCUUACGAUGAUCUAGAGCAGAGUUUCCGACCGCUUUCGGGUGUCAGCGCAUAUAUGCGUUUUGACGGCGACGAGAAAUCACAGAGGAUCGGCCAGGACAUCAAUUUGGUGAUUGACGCCAAAAUCCCACAUAUUACGGGAGACUUCAGUGAUGAGGACCGCCUACGUAUCUCCAAUCGUUUGAAAGAGAUGGACAACCGCACUUAUCUCUGGCUUUUCCUCACAAUCGAUAUAAUUGAGAACUCUCCGAGCAAUUUCCGCAGGAAGUCGGACAUAGAUUUACUACUAUCCAACCUGCCCUCGGAAAUUUCUGACGCCUAUGAAACGAUUUUGAGUAGGAGUACAGCUAAUACCAAAGCUCGAAUCCUACUUGAACUCAUUAUCGCUGCGACGAGGCCCCUUAGCCUUGAGGAAGCAAAUAUGGCGUUGGCAAUAGCAACUCGUGGAGAAAGUUGCAGAUCACAGAGCGCCCUUGAGUUGUGGCCCCAACAGAGUUUUGCAGCUACUGUCAAAAACAUGUGCGGCCUCUUCGUCAGCGUUCAUGACGGAAAGCUAUUCUUGAUCCAUCAGACUGCAAGAGAAUUCUUGACUAGAACAUCUAAACCGGCUAGUACCAACUCGCACAAAUGGGAAGGACGCUUGGAUAUGGCAGCUGCACAUGGCACAAUGUCCCGAAUCUGUCUCGACUACCUCAAUUUCCAGGACGUUGCUAGUAUCCAUAAAAGCCAUCUAGGUCAAGGUGGCUAUGCCAGAUCAAACAAUGAAUGUUACCUUCUCGACUACGCUGCUAACAAUUGGCCAACUCAUUAUACUUCUCAACCUGCUGAGCUCGCCAAAGUUUCACAACAAGCUGCUAUGAGGCUCUGCAAUAAAUCGUCACUACAAUUAUACUGGUUUGCAAUCUAUUGUGCCUCGACACACAUACCCCCUUCAGGGUGGACCGGAUUAGGGAUUGCGUCUUUUCUUGGGUUCACAUACGUUGCUGAAGGGUUCCUGAAUGAAGGAGCUGAUGUGAACGCUCAAUGUGGAGAAUUGGGUCAUGCAUUGCGGAUGGCGUCGUUGGAAGGUCAUGAUGAAACAGUAGGAAUGUUACUCCGUAGAGGGGCUGACAUCAAUCUUAAAGGUGGUAUUUAUCAUGAAAAUGCACUGGAGGCGGCGUCAGGCAGAGGUCAUGAUCAAGUAGUGCGAGUUUUGCUUGAUAGUGGGGCUACCGAUGUUGAUGGAGAAGCACUAUACGCGGCGUCACGCGGAGGUUUCAUUCGAAUAGUGCAGAUGUUACUUGAUAACAGGCCUGCUGAUAUUGAUGAAAAAGCACUAAAGACGGCGUCAUACAGAGAUCGCAAUCAAAUAGUGCAGAUGCUACUCGACAGUGAGGAUGUUGAUGGAGGAGCACUGAGAGUAGCGUCAGACAGAGGUGAUAAUCAAAUGGUACAGCUGCUACUUGACAGUGGGGCUACUGAUAUUGAUGGAAAAGCACUGAUAGCGGCGUCAGGCAGAGGUCACAAUCAAAUAGUGCAGACACUACUCAACAGUGGGGCUGCUGAUAUUGAUGGAAAAGCACUGUGCGCGGCGUCAUCCAGAGGUUACGAUCGAAUCGUACAGAUGCUACUCAACAGUGGGGCUGCUGAUAUUGAUGGAAAAGCACUGUUAAUAGCGUCACUUGAAGGUUACAAUCAAAUAGUGCAGAUGCUACUCGACAAAGGGGAUAUUUUUAACGCUCAGGGUGAAGCGUAUAACAGAGCACUAUACGCGGCGUCAUCCGAAGGUCAUGAUCAAAUAGUGCAGAUGCUACUCGACAGUGGGGCUGCUGAUAUUGAUGGAAAAGCACUGCGCAAUGCCUCAUAUCGAGGUUUCGAUCGAAUAGUGCAAAAGCUACUGGAAAAAUGGGCUAUUUAUUACGCUCAGGUCGAAGCGUAUGACGAAGCACUGUUGGGGGCGUCAAAUCCCAAGGUCAUGAUCAAGUGGUGCGGAUGCUGCAGAAAGCAAAGGCAUCUGUACGAUAGAACUGCGCUACAUCUUGCCUCUGUCGAAGAAUACAAAGCUCCUGUCAAACAAUUCUUCAGGCUUGCAUCAAAUCAGAGUAUCACCGAGCUGUAA